ACCCGCCCAAGCCGCCCAUCCUAGGAAACGAGAGCUUCCUGUUGUUUUAUAGAGCUUUCCUGCAGAAAGGUUGAGAUAUGUACUCUGGGUCCACCAGGGAAGAGAAACAGAGCAGUGUCAGGCAGAAAUGAAAGCCCCUAAUCCGUCUCCCGUGUCUUCUUCUUCUGCUUGCUGCUUUCUGCCUCUUCUUCUCUGGGCACUGAGCUCUACAGCAGCUGGUCUGAUAGGACAUUACGAGGCGCCACAAGCUACCACACCAGGUUUCACAUCACGGCAUGACUCAACAAGAACUGCAAACGACCAAUACCAUGACGUUAGCCCCGAAGAUAGAGGAUUCUCCAGUGGAUUAGGUUGUGGGAAUAAGUAUGUUAACUGUGAACAAUACUGUGAAGUUUGUGAGUAUUUUCCCCCAAGGACGGAGUGCUACGUGACCUUAUUUGAGGAAACCUGCUACAGUAAUUUUGUAGGUGCCAUGGAGUCAUUAAACAACACAGACUGGUGCAACUGGAACAAUGUGAAGAGGAUGUAUAAUGCCUUCACCAUGUGCACAGAGGAGAUAGCAGAAUGUCUGCUGAUCCCCUGGCCCAACAGGAUGGUGGAGAAUGUGUUUGUAAACAUCCACUCCAGGUUCUUCCGGGACUGCCCCAACGAGGCACUGAGCGACCCCCCGCCCAGCAUCGUGUUUGCCUUGGUAAUGACCCCCAUCUGCCUCAUCCCCAUCAUGGUGAUCCUGGUGGUGCUAAAGACCAAGAACGGAGAUGGCAGCUCCUGAUAGGACGUCCUGGAUCAAUCCUCAUCCACCCUGCCUCACCUCCAUGUUCAGACUCACUCUCUCUGUCCCCCGAGGAUUCAAGACUGGGGCCAUUGACACAACUAUUUUACAGAGAACUGCUUAUCGUCUUCCACCCACUGAUGGCUUAGCUCUGUGGAAUCAAAACAAUCUCAAAGCCCAAACACUUUACACGUGACCUUUUUGGAUGCACCGAUACAUAAUGAGUAGUACCACAUCGGCAUCGGCAUCAUCCAAGGACACAGGGGUUCAAGAAAGGGUCCGUUCGUGUUGUGUAGAGUGUCAGGUCAGCAUCCUCUGGGUUGCAUCCUCUCCACAUUCCUCGAUGCUCCUCUAACGAAAAGUGGCGACAGCCAUGUAAACGUUUCGACUCCCUGCACGCCCUAGGAAAGUAUUUAAGAUAGUAGGGUUUAUGGACUUAUGUCAUUCUUGACAAUCCAUUCCAUUCCAUGACCAUCUCCAUCCUGUCCCAGAUGUGAACCCCGACAGUGACUAUGCUAGAAUGGUUACAUGUUUUACAAUAUUUUAAUUGUUUAUAUAUACAGUGGGGCAAAAAAGUAUUUGGUCAGUCACCAAUUGUGCAAGUUCUCCCACUUAAAAAGAUGA